AUUGGAUACGAUGACAGACGAUGACACACGUUCGCCCGGCCCCUAUAAAAGAAACAAGGACAGAGACAAGCAUUCAUUCAGGCUCACACGGACUCGGACAGAGCAAGAGGAGAGAGAACUUGCUCCUUAAGGUAAAGCUUCCACUUCCUGUCACAGUCCAGCACCGUUCUCUCUGCUUCCUAAUUAGACCCAUCUCAGCUCUCGAGCAAACCCACUUUCUAUCUCUCUCUCUCUCUCCGUCUCUCUCUGCUUCUGACAUUAAUCGAAGACAGAAGAGAGUGAAUCGGAAGGUCGAAUUCGAAUGGCCUUAGAGACGGUGGUGUUCCAGCAAGACCCGUUCAGCUGCUACGGCGGCGGGGCUUGGAACCAUCACGUCGGGUCCGGCUGCUUCGGAGACGACGAGAAGACGACCCGCGUCCACGAGGCGGCGGCUCUGAACUUGAACGCUGCCGAGGCCGCGAUGAACGUGGACAGAGACGGCGGAUGGGACGUCGAGGGUGGACUAGCGGGGGUGGGGGCGUCCCCGCCGCCGGCUGCGCCGCCGGGGACGGUGGCGGGGCGGAGGAAGAGGAGGAGGAUGAGGAUAGUGAAGAAUAGGGACGAGGUGGAGAGCCAGAGGAUGACCCACAUUGCGGUGGAGCGCAACCGCCGGAAGCAGAUGAACGAUUACCUCGCCGUGCUCCGGUCCAUGAUGCCUCCUUCCUACGUCCAAAGGGGGGACCAGGCAUCAAUAAUAGCAGGUGCAAUCAACUUUGUCAAGGAGCUGGAGCAGCACCUCCAAUCCCUCAAGUCCCAGAAGCAGCCUGCACAAGUCAACGGCCCCCGGUCAGCCUCGCCCGCCGACGAUCACCCCUUCUCCGACUUCUUCACCUUCCCACAGUACUCGACCCGGGCCAGCAGCUCGCACAGGCCCGAGGCCCAGCCGGCGGUCGCGGACGUGGAGGUGACCCUGGUCGACAGCCACGCCAACGUCAAGGUCCUGUCCCGGAACCAGCCGAAGCAGCUGCUCAAGAUGGUGCACGGGCUGCACUCCCUCCGGCUCAACGUCCUCCACCUCACCCUCACCACGGUCCAGAACAUGGUGUUGUAUUCUUUCAGCGUCAAGGUUGAGGAUAGUUCCCAGUUGACCUCGGUGAACGAGAUUGCAACUGCCGUGUACGAGAUGGUGGGCAGGAUCCAAGAAGAAGCUGCCUUUGUGUGCUAGCAGUGACAGGGAGGGGCCUUCACUGCUAUUUUCAAACUUGAAUUCUCCUUCUGCCCAUUCAAUAGUACUUACUAAAUACCAAAACAAUGUAUAAAUUAGGGUAUAGUUUCGUUUUGGGUUCUUGUUCAGGAAUUGUUUUCCCAGAGAUUUUGUGUAUUAGGGGAUGGGUUAGCUCAAGAGCAAAAGACAAGAUUAUGUAUCUGCAAAUUUAUUUUUAUUUCGCUUGUCAUCUUCUGAUUUCAUGAACGAGUGAAUUCGCCAUCAAAGUUCAA